CUCACCCUCGCUCUCUCUUCUUUCCUUCCUUCCUUCCAUCCCAUCUUGUUCCUUCGCUCCCUCUUUGCUCUGUGAGGUACGCAACCUAUCAGAAAAGCAGCCCCUCUACCGACCCUGAACACCAUCCAAGAGGUCAUGGAGCCCCCUCUUUCUGCUCCUCACGGGAUCCAGAUCAGUGAUAUCACCUGCGACUCGUUCCGUGUCUCGUGGGAGAUGCCGCCUUAUGACAUCCAGAGAGUGACGCACUACUUCAUAGACCUGAACAAGACAGGAGGACAGAAGGAGAAUAAGUUCAAACACAGGGAUGUACCAACCAAGCUGGUUGCGAAGGCAGUGGCUCUCCCCAUGACGGUUCGCGGUCACUGGUUCCUGAGUCCACGUACCAAGUACACACUGGCUGUGCAGACUGCGGUGAAACGCGCCGACGGGGAGUACAGCGUGUCCGGCUGGAGCGAAACAGUCAGUUUCUGCACAGGGGAUUAUGCCAUGGAGCAGGUGAGGCAGCUGCAGGAGAAGGCAGAGGGGAUCGCAGGACGCAUGUUACCGUUUCAAGUCUUCUACAGGAACCAGGCCGCAGAGUACUUCCAGCAUGUCAGGGAGAAGUGGGGAGAUGUGAUGCUCCCGUCCCUUAAAGAUCAGAGUGGAAGCCAUGGAUCACCCAUCAGCGGGACCCUCCAUGGCGUGUUUUUCAGCUGCAAUACCGAGUUCAACACGGGUCUUCCUCCCAACGACUCGCCUUACGGCAGGUGGCGGGUGACCAUACCUGCAGGGCACCUCUUUAAUGAGGGCACACACCUCUACUUUGCCGAUUUCUAUUGCAUGUACAGCGCCUAUCACUACGCCGUUCUGGUCCUGGCACCUCGAGGUUCUCAAGGAGAUGUCUUCUGCAGCGCCCGUCUGCCUCUGCUGGACCCGCACAACAACCCUUUCCUGACUCGGGGGGAGCAGGGCAGAUACUGGCACGCGCAAGAUCUGAUUUUGGAGGUGCUAUACACGGAGCCUUUGCCCCUGGGUUUGGGGCAACUGGCAGAAAUCAAAGGGCACCAACUGAUGAGCCUCUCCACUGCUAAUGCCAAGAAAGACCCCAGCUGCAAAGUGUGCAACAUCAUCGGGGGGCGUUAGGGAUGUCGGAGGGUUUGCUGGAGGGUAUAGUCGGGCAGCAUAUUCCAGACUCUGGAUUCAGAGCACACACUCCAAUCUAGUCGUUUAAGGGCACUGACUCGCUUUGUUGUCAUAGCUGCAGAAACAUCUUUGUA